AUGGCUACAACAGAAAAUUCUCCAGUCAUAGAAAAUUUACAUCAUUCAUCAUCAAGUCUUUGGUCAAAUUGUCGGCCUGAUAUUCAACGUCGAAUAAAUGCUUUACUUAAUUAUCAAGUAGAGUAUUUUCGAUUACGCGUUGAAUUUCAUCGACAACUUCAAGAUUUACAGUAUGCAUAUAAUCCUGAAUUUGAACGAAUUAUUGAACGGCAACGAAGCAUUAUUGAUGGAUCUUGCGAACCGAAAGAACUAGAAAAAUUAAUCAAUCAAUCGUCGAUUGCACAAAUAAAUAAUCAACAAACAGCUAACGUUCAAAGAAAGGGUCUCGAAAAUUUCUGGUUAAAAGUUCUUAAAAAUAUUGAUUCUUAUGAUUAUCCUAUUCAACGACGAGAUGAACUUUGUUUAAAAUAUCUCAGUGACAUUCGUUGUACACUUAAUCCACCGGAUGUUGAAACGAGUAGUUUUACUCUUGAAUUUCAUUUUUUACCAACCAACCCUUUUUUUAUUGAAACAAUUCUUACCAAACAAUAUAGAAUUCGAUUUGAAUCAAAUAAUAUCAAUCCAUAUCGAUCCUACGAUGGACCAGAAGUUGAUUGUUGUUAUGGUAGUAUAAUUACAUGGAAACCUGAUCAUAAUCUAACAAUUCGAAAACGUACAAAACGAAUCCGAAAUAAAAUAACAGGACAAGUUAGAUUUGAAUGUAUCGAAGAACCUGUUAAAUCUUUUUUUGAAUUUUUUUCAUCACCAACUAUUCCAACAAAUGGUAUUCAUGAAAUGACCAAUGAAGAUCAAAUACGUUUAGAAGCUGAUAUUGAAUUUGCAUUAUUGCUCAAACAACGUGUUUUACCAAGAGCAGUACUCUAUUAUACAGGCGAAGCUUUACGUGUAUUCAAUGAUGAAGAAGAAGAUGAUGAUGAUGAAUCAACUUCCUCUGAUAGUUCUCGCUAA